UUCUUUACGUUUUUCCAGUUUGGUGGUGAACACUUUUUUUCCUAUCCGCAUAACGUAACCAUUUCCAUCUCUGUAAAAUAUAAAUCUAAAGUAAUUUGCAUGAAAACAUAAAAAUUGAAUCGAUCGAUUGAAUUUUGUUGAAAUCAUGGGAGAUCAAUUAGCGAGGGCAGAAGAUUUUGAGAAUAAGGCUGAGAAAAAGCUGAGUGGUUGGGGCAUGUUUGGUUCCAAAUUUGAAGAUGCUGCUGAGCUCUUUGAUAAAUCUGCUAAUUCAUACAAGCUCGCCAAAUCAUGCUAAAAUAGAUGUUGGUCCUGGUGGUGAUGCUGUUUCAGGGGACAAAGCAGGAUCCACCUACAUUAAGUUGGCAAAUUGCAAUUUGAAGUUGGAAAGCAAACAUGAAGCCGCCCAAGCUUAUGUUGAUGCUUCACAUUGCUAUAAAAAAAUCAGUAUAAAUGAGGCGAUAACUUGCUUAGACAAUGCUGUAAAUAUUUUCUGUGAAAUUGGAAGAAUUUCUAUGGCUGCUAGAUAUUUGAAGGAAAUUGCUGAAUUAUGUGAGUCUGAACAGAAUAUUGAGAAGGCCCUUGUUUACUAUGAAAAAUCAGCUGAUUUUUAUGAAAGUGAGGAAGUGACAACAUCUGCAAACCAGUGCAAGCAAAAAGUUGCUCAAUAUUCUGCUCAACUAGAACAAUAUCAGAAAUCAAUUGAAAUUUAUGAAGAGAUAGCUCGCCAGUCUCUUAGCAAUAAUUUGUUGAAGUAUGGAGUUAAAGGACAUCUUCUUAAUGCUGGCAUUUGCCAGCUUUGUAAAGGGGAUAUUGUUGCUAUUACCAAUGCAUUAGAGAAAUAUCAGGAUUUGGAUCCAACAUUUUCAGGAACACGUGAAUAUAGACUUUUGGCGGAUGUUGCUGCAGCAGUUGAUGAAGAAGAUGUUGGAAAGUUUACAGAAGCUGUCAAGGAAUUUGAUAGCAUGACUCCUUUGGAUUCUUGGAAAACAACACUUUUUCUUAGGGUGAAGGAAAAACUGAAAGCCAAAGAACUUGAGGAGGAUGAUCUUACUUAAAUUGAGCCUUAGUCUUCUGGGACUACUUCAUGUUUGAAUAUUUGUCUUGUAUUAUGUUUGUCUAUGAAGUUAUUCAUCUUAGAUAUUACUAAUAUAAAGUGUACUUGCUGGAGUCUAACCUGGUUCAUUGUUGUCGAAUUCGCAUACCAUGGCGAAAAGAUGUUGCCAUCAAGUCUUCAUAAAGAGAUGUUGCUAAUUGGUAUAGUAACUUGUUUAAAAGGAUGAAAAAUCUCUAGUAUUGAUGGAUCAUAGAACGUUUCACACUCUUAUUUGCAUUUAAGCCUUGUCAAUUUGAUUUUUUCCAAGCAAUGGCAUAUGUGGAAGUAAGAGAGCUUCUAUAA